AUGGCGGCGGCCGUAGAGAGAGGAGGAGUGCGGGCCGCUUUCCUGAAUCCAGGCAGCGGCGGCGGGAUCGGUGGACCACCCCCGGCACCUAUGGCUACUGCUCCUGGAGCCGCGGUUGGAUCAGGAGGCAUGGGCUCGAAUUCGGGUGGGUCAGAUGGUCCCAUGCCCGUGCCUAUGAACCUUUUUGCAACGUGGGAAAUAGACCGUUCAUCUCCGAGUUGUGUUCCAAGAUUGUGCAGCCUGACCCUCAAGAAGCUGAUCGUCCUCAAAGAACUGGACCGAGAGCUUAGCUCUGUGGUGAUAGCUGUCAAAAUACAGGGGUCCAAGCGCAUCUUGAGGUCCAACGAGUAUGUCCUUCCCCCAGACGGACUGAUGGAGACUGACCUUGAGCUAACCUUCUCACUCCAGUAUCCCCACUUCCUCAAAAGGGACGCCAACCGAUUGCAGAUCAUGCUGCAGAGGAGGAAGCGAUAUAAAAACCGUACCAUCCUGGGGUAUAAGACCUUAGCUGUGGGUGUCAUAAAUAUGGCAGAGGUGAUGCAACACCCGACAGAUGGAGCCCAGAUCCUGGGUCUCCAUAGCAACGUGAAGGAGGUGCCGGUGCGUGCGGCCGAGCUCAGUGUGUAUUCCCUGUCCAGUCAGCCCAUUGACCAUGAGGACGGCAGCGGGCAGACAGGGACCAAGGCCAAAGCCUUAGAUCGCUCCCCGGAUAUGGAUAACUACUCAGAGGAUGACGACGACAGCUACUCUUCGGAGCAGGAAGCUAGCGACGAUGCUGUUCAACCAGUGGACCUGUACGACGAGGAUGAUGAUGUACAAAGGAAGCCAAAGAAAAACCGGAGGAAAAUGAUUCGAACAACAUCCAUGACAAGGCAACCCAAUUUCAAACAGAAGUUUGUGGCCCUGUUGAAGAGAUUCAAAGUGACGGAUGAGGUUCUGGACUCGGACCCAGUGGACCAGACCCAGGAGGUGGAGGAGGAUCUGGACCUGCUCUAUGAUAGUCUGGAGGUUUACAACCAGAGUGACAGCGGCCCUGAGAUGGAGGACAACGAGAGUGUCCUCAGCACGCCCAAACCCAAACUCAAGCCCUUCUUUGAGGGAAUGUCCCAUUCGAGCUCCCAGACUGAGAUUGGGAGUCUGCACAGUCAAAAGAGCCAGGCCAGGGACCUGGCCUGCAUCGGUGGAGGUCUGCUGACCCCGGACAGGGCCAAAGUCCUAAUAGGGACCAAGUAUACAGACGACAGCGCCGGAUUGGAGUCUCCUGCGGGGGACGCGGAGGAUGAGGAGACUAGGGCUGGCACAGGGCCAGGGGAGGCUAACCCCAACCCCACCCCCACCAGCUGGGACCUGAGCACGGACAAACUGCCCGGCCCAGUGGCCAAACUCUGCAAGACCGAGUCUCAGACACUCAUGUCGCCCAGUAAAACAGAGAACAAGCUGCAGAGGCGUCCUAGGAGCACGUCCAUGAAGGACCGGCAGAACUCCAAGGCCCAGAGUGACAGGACUAGCAGCAUUGACAGCGAGACAUCGCCGGAAUCCAGGAUCGCUGUCCAGGUUCCCAGGAAGUCAGUGUACGACCAGCUGAACCAGAUCCUUAUCUCUGACGAGCAGCUCCCAGAGAGCAUCAUCCUCAUCAACACCACAGACUGGCAGGGCCAGUAUCUAUCUGAGAUUCUCCAUGAGCACAGCCAGCCUAUCGUGUGCACCAUCUCUGGUGCGGAUGUCCAUGCAGCCUUCAACACCAUCGUCACCAGGAUCCAGAGAUUCUGUAACUGCAACGCCCAGACACCCCCCACCAUCAAAGUGGCGGUGGGCGGAGACCAGAGUUACCUCAGCACCAUCCUCAGGUGCUUCGUGGAGCAGCUGGCCAACAAGACGCCUGAUUGGCUCAGCUAUAUCCGCUUCCUGGUCAUCCCUGUCGGCACUCAUCCUCUGGCCAAACACAUGUCUUCGUUCGACAGCAAGUUCAACAACAUCUUCAUGGACGCCGGCUGGAGGGACUUGUUUGGCAGACUGGAGGCCCCAACAUCAGACAACAUUGAUGUGGCAGGCCGCGUGUCUCAGUACCUGGCUGGGGCCAGUGUCUCACACCAGUGUCCCAUCUCUGAGGCCAUGCUCACCUACAAACAGAAAAGCCCUGACGAGGACUCCUGUCAGAAGUUUGUGCCAUUUAUUGGGCUGGUGAAAGUGGGCAUCGUUGAGCACAACCUCUCGACCUCAAUGGACUCUGAUGAUGCUGUGAUGGGGAGCAUCAAUAUGCUGGCCUCCCCUCCCCCCCAGCCGGGACCAACCUACAUGAAGGACCUGACCUGCACCCCGCCCCCCUCCCCCUCCGUCUCAGCCACCCUCGCCGGAGCCGGCUCUCCGGUGACAGGCGGGGAGGUGAUGGGGCUCCAGGUGGACUACUGGACAUGUCACGGCGCCGACAAGAAGAAGGAGGGCGAGAAACGCGAUGUGGGCAUCAAGAAUACCCUGAAGAGCAACUUCCGCUCGCUGCAGGUGUCCCGCAUCCCCAACGGGGGCGAGCUGACACCCCCUCCCGGCAUGGCCAUGACCGUCGUCAUGAAGGAGAAGAACAAGAAAGUGAUAUUCCUGAGUAAAAAGCCCAAGGAGAAGGAGGUGGACUCCAAGAGCCAGGUGAUCGAGGGCAUCAGCAGGCUGAUCUGCACUGCCAAACACCAGCACACCAUGCUGAGAGUGUCCAUUGACGGCGUGGAGUGGAAUGAUGUCAAGUUUUUCCAGCUGGCUGCCCAGUGGCCCACUCACGUCAAGCACUUCCCUGUUGGCAUCUUCGGCUACACCAAGCCCGCCAUGUGACAUAUCACUGCCACCUAAACCCAAGUAUGGGUAGCUGCAGCCCAAUAUGGCAACCGGAGUAUGGGCGAGUGGGUGUGUCGAAAGGAGUGGGUGAUUGGAAAGAUAAUCAGCUAAUUGAGCAGAUUUGUUGCCACUCAAGACCGUUUUGCAUGGCUGAUACGAGUUUGUAUCGAGGUGCCUGCUGACCAGAGGUGCUUCCCACUGGGCAGCUGUGUCAAGUUGUCGCCAGCGGUAGCUAACGUGCCAAAAUCUUAUGAUUUUAUUUCAAGUAGGAUAGAAGCCUACACAAGAAAUAACUCAUAUUGAUAACCAUCGAGAUUUCACAUUGAUACAUACAUACAGUCUACUCAAUGGGCAUGGCAUGAAGGGCAACAACACCUGGACACAGUGUCCUUGCUCUCGCUUUCCAAGUGCUUGUCCCGGCGUGGGAAGUAGCUAAUUAGUAGCCAAUAUCAGGGUGACCGUCACAGUGAGCACACGCAUACAAGCAAUAGCACACCCAUCAUCAGUACUUUUAAUAAAAAAUAAACAAUCGUCAGUUUUACAACUUAAAAUCUGCAAUUAUUUGUGUUUAACUAACAGCGAAAUACGACUCAGACUCAUCCUCUGGACGAAUCCGACUCAAGUCCAAACUCUCGCAGUACGAUAGUUGUGUGGUAAGAACCGGACAAAAACUGCACGAUCAAAACCGUCUAACCUGUAACAGAGCGCUUUCGACACACCCACUCCUUUCCACACGCCCAUUACUUUCCUUUCGACACAUCCACUCACCUAUACGCCGGUCGACAAAUUGGGCUGCAGCUACCCCCUUCUCCUUAAACUCUGAACAGCCCUUAUCAUCUCCCAUAGAGAGAGACGGGCUGGUUUCCAUUCUGAAAAAUCACUCCCUUCCAUCUGUCCUUUAAAAUGAACCUCAUCUCCCAUAGAGAGACUGGGGCUGGGUUCAAUUCUGAAAAAAGAAUUCUGUUCCCUUUGAACAGUCCUCAUCUCCCAUAGAGAGAGACAAGCUGGAAUACAUUCUGAAAAAUCACUCCCCUCCUUUCUGUCCUUUGAUAUUUACUAGGUAUUGAGGCUAUCAAUAUGGUAAUAGCUCCAUGAAGUGAAGAUUAUAGGUCCUUAUAUGCUGGUUCCCAAUGUUUCAAAAUGUAAUUAUUAGAAAUAGAUUUCUAAGUCUAAGUUUGAAAUGAAUCCAACUCCAACUUGUUCAGCUCCGUGGGCUCUCCAAGUUACCAAAGGUAGUGGGGAAGGCUGGGAGUAAUCCACCAGAUUGGAACCCAGCCACGGCUGCUCUGACUAAGCAAAAAACGUAAACAAACCCCCUAGUCCUUUUCCUGUGGAAACUGUCCAGUUACAAACCUGUGUUCCCAGUAUGAAAUGGAUGUUGUUGUCAACGUCAAAUGUUACUGUUUUAUACACCAGCAAAAAAAGAAGGAAAAAAACAAGUUUUGUUAAAAAAUGUAUGCUGCCUUUUAAGUAUAAUAGUGUAUAUUGUGGUUAGACACUUAUAAUGGCCACCUGUAAUGGCAGCUUUGUUGGCACUUUGUUUUGUUACUAUAUUAUUAUUUCUGUGAAAUCCUAUGUGGGUAAAUGUCCUGUAUAUAAUGUAAGAGGAUUGAAGGGGUGUGUUGGUGUGUGUUCGCAGUGUGUGCCGGGAGGCCGUGUGUGUUACUGAUUUUUAGGGGAAAAGGUGGGAUGCUAAGAGAGGAAUUGCUGUGAAAUUUGCAGAGGAACCCCUCUUGCUAUGAAGAGACGUAUUUUGUUCUCUUUUUUCAUUGAGAAAAGUGACUUACUCAAGUUUUUGCUACACUACUUUCUAGCUAGUAUACUUGCCUUUUUGAUUUAGAAGCACAUUGUACGGAAACAGAAUUGGGACAAUCAGUAACCAAGAAACUUGGCACUGUAUAACGAGAGACAUUCAUCAGAGAGUGGAAUGUAUCCUUAGGCGAGUUCAAUGCAAUGACUUCACUUGUGAAUUUGUGAAGAGGGCCCUAGGUGCAUGCAAGAAUUUCUGGACACAAACGUGUAUAGGAGAGAGAAGAGUGAGAGAAAGGGAGGGCAAGGAAACAAAUGUAUUGUUCCCAGUGCCCUACUCUAACACACCUGAUUAGUCUACUCUCUGCAAAGGGCUCAGCAGUGCAGUUUUCAGUAAUACCCUUCUCACAUUACUACUGAGUUGACCCAAGCCAAGCUGUACUGCACUGGCCUGGUUAAGCAUCCACUAUAGUUGUUGGAACUGUGUUCAAAAUGACCAUGUGAAGAAAAAAAAACACAGUUAAACACAGUACAGUUUGGCUUGGUACAGUAGUGUGAAAAGGGUAGAAGAAUUCCCCAGUUCUUAAACUAUUUACCAGUGACUUUGAAGUGGUGUUCUUUUUUCUAACUUUAUCCAUUCUGAAAGACAAGAAUCCCUUUAUAAAACUAACGUGCCGUAUUCAAGAAUGAACUAAUAGCUGUCCACUGUUCUCUGUUUUUAUACUUUCUUUAAAGAUAGACCCACUCAUAAUGUUGAGUCAAAAAGGGCCACAGGCUUAAUUGUUUUUUAGGGAAUUGCCAGGAUUUUAAUGUCAGCAAUGUUGUUGUAUUGUGUGUUGAUGUUUUUUUCAUGAGGUGUAUUUUCUCAUAGACCUAUGAGGGAAAUAACGUAAUGUGCCUCUUCAGUCGAGGCUAUACA